GGCGGCGCGAGGCGCGGAACCGGCGAUGUUGCUGUUCUGCCCGGCCUGCGGCAACGUGCUGGUGGCCGAGGAGGGGCCGCGGUGCCACCGCUUCGCCUGCACCACCUGCCCCUACGUGCGCAAUGUGACGCGGAAGGUGACGAGCAGGAAAUACCCGCAGCUGAAGGAGGUGGACGACGUCCUGGGCGGCGCCGCGGCCUGGGAGAACGUGGACUCCACCGCAGAUCCAGACGCGCUCGGCCGACGAGCCCAUGACCACCUUCUACAAGUGCUGCAACCCCCAGUGCGGCCACCGCUGGAGGGACUGAGUCGCCCGCACACCUCGGGGCCGGCCCAAGCUGAGGGGGCCCCGGCCUGGUCCUGCCCCGGGGCCAGGCUGGCGGCGGCCGCCCUCGCAAUAAAGCUGGCGGUGAGUGGAAAUAGCCGCGUCGUGUGGUGCUUUGAAAGCCGCUGAGGCUGAGACUGCCGUGGAGAACUGAAAGAGGAGAGGCCGAGCCAGUGACACGGUGAAAAAAUCAGUGUUUAGGAGGUAACUUUAGUUAGCUGAAGCUCUCUAAGAAUACUCGGCAAAGGUUAGCGCAGAUUCAACUGCUGUGGAACUGACCCACACACAAAGCAAAGGCAAAAUGUUACCACUGGAGCCUUCAGGGGAGAAAAAAACAACAGGGGCCUUUUGCCCCACAUGGGCAAACCAGAGCAGAAGUUCUGUUUAAAAUCUUGCAAAAGCUAGGAAGGAUGCAUGGAGUCCUUUGGACAGUUAGAGGCCUGGCUUGGCUUUUACAGGAAUUUCUUUCAGAGCGUAAUCAGUACUGCAUCCCCAGCUCCAGCAAACGCAACGUGAGCACCUUUGAUGUGCAAUUAAAAAAAACCAGCUCUUCAUAAACACCUUGGCUAACGGCUCACACCCAACUAAAACAGACCAUUCAUAUGGCCGUUAAAGGACGUGAAAUGUUAUCUUGAAGAGACUGCUUACGAUAUCUCACUACAAACAAAAAGAUCUAAAAAGAAUGCCUGCUGAAGAAGCAGUAUAGUAACUGAAAAAUAAUAAAAAACCACUAAAAAAAGGUAGGAUCAAGUAUUACCUUCAUCUUAACAUUAAGAUUUAUUCUCAGC